UGUUUGUACCUGAUUGGAGCCACCUGUUGCUCUUUUCACCUGGAGCCCGUCACCUCUCAAGAUGUCCGGUCUUCACCAGCCUGUAGCCAUGAUUGCCACAUCCAGAAUUGGAAAUCACCUGCAUCAUUCCCACAGACAUGGUAAAUAAUCCACCAAUGUUGAGCCCCUGAGAGACUUAAGCAGGGUUUAUUAAGUGGGCCAGUUGCCAUAGCAACGCUUUGGCAAGCUAUUGCCAGGAUAAGCCAUAAUGGGUCUCCUGACGCAGUUCACUCUGCUCCUGUGGAAGAACUUCACUCUGCGGAAGAGACAAAAGGUGCGACUGGUCGUUGAACUGAUAUGGCCUCUGUUUCUCUUCCUAAUACUGGUCUGGGUGCGGACCACCAAUAAGCCAAUUUACAAAAGCCAAUGUCACUAUCCAAAUAAAGCCAUGCCAUCAGCCGGCCUGCUGCCGUGGCUUCAAGGUAUGAUCUGCAACAUCAACAACCCCUGUUUGAACUACCCGACGCCUGGGGAGACUCCAGGCCAAGUCAACAACUUCAACAACUCCAUAAUAUCUGGUGUGUUGAUAGAGCUGCAAAGCCUCCUGGAGAACAGAUCUAUUCUCAGGAAGGCACAGUUGCUGGCAGACGACAUCGACCAGUGGUCUUCAGUCCUGUCACAGUCGAACCCUGGGAACGCUCAACCGGUGACCCUAAAGAAUGUUCUGCGAGACGAUGAAACUUUCUCCACACACCUGAAAGAGAACUUGUCGGUCCCACCAGCAGUUGUUGAAAGCCUCUUAAAUGCUACAAUGAACCUCAACCCAGCACUGGGCAUCCCACGACCAGGCAACCUGAGGACGAUCCUGUGCGAGGGGACCGGUCUGGAUGAGUACGUCCAAUUUAGCAGCCAAGCUGAGAAGGAGGCUUUUCAAAAUGUCAGCUGCUCCCUCACUCAACAGCAGCUGAUUAACACCCAGCAAGUGCUCCGGCAAAACCUGGAUGUGAGGAAAAUUCUGUCUGAGUUGCCCUCAUCUUUAGGCCUGAAUGCAGCAGAUACCGUGAAACUGGUGGGGGAAACCACUCAAAACGCUUUACCGGUGAUUGAGGAGAUGGCGAGGUUGCAGAGCUCCAUGGUCUUUCAGGCUGCCGGUUCAUUGAAUUUCCAAGAAGACAUGAUUGGCAGUAUCAAUAUGCUACUGUGUGGAAAGCAGCCUGACUUCAACUCCACCAAUAUGACCCUCAGCUUACGCUCACCUGGACAAAUGGAUAACAACAAGUCGAUCUCCAUUAUGGGCAACAGUUCCGAUGCUUUUUGUCAGACCUUUGUCGACACCCUGGAGAGCACACCUGGUCUGCGCAACAUUUGGAGCACGUUCAAGCCGUUAUUACAAGGCAAAGUCCUCUACACACCCGACACACCUGCCGCUCGCCUCAUGGUGAACAAAGCAAAUGGCACAUUCAACGCCCUGGCUAUGUUGAAGGAGCUGGCUGAUUCGUGGGAUGAGCUUGGGCCACGCGUCUGGGAUUUCUUUCAAAAUAGCUCUCAAGUGAAUGCAAUACGGGAUCUGCUGGCGAACCCAGUGUUUGCUGCUGCCCUCAACCAGCGUCUCAGUGGCACAGGAUGGACGGCCGAGCUGCUGGCCAACUUCCUGUACAAUGGGCCCCCGGAGGAUCGUCCACCUGGUAUGCCCCUCACCGACUGGCGGGAUGCUUACAACGCCACCACUCAGAUCCUGAAGCUGCUCUCCAACUUCCUUGGCUGUUUAGACCUGAAUAAGUUUGAGGCUGUUCCCACCGAAGGCCAUCUGGUGAGCAAAGCACUGGAGCUUCUGAAGAACGACACGUACUGGGCCAGUGUCGUCUUUGAAAACCUGCAGCCCAACUCCAGCCAGCCCCCUCCUUAUGUCAAAUACAAAAUCCGCAUGGACGUUGAUGAAGUAGAGCGCACCAACAAAGUAAAGGAAAGGUUAUGGUCUCCUGGGGCCCGGGACAAUUCCUUUAACGACCUGCGCUAUAUAUGGGGAGGCUUCGCCUACCUGCAGGAUAUGAUGGACCAUGGCAUUAUACAAGUGCAAACGUCAAAGACCCAACCCCUCGGAGUUUUUGCCCAGCAGAUGCCAUACCCCUGUUUCGUGGAUGACGUGUUCCUCCGCUCUCUGGCUCGCUCGCUUCCCUUAUACAUGACGUUAGCCUGGAUCUACUCCGUGGCCAUGAUCGUUAAGAGUAUCGUUGGUGAGAAAGAGGCGAGGAUCAAGGAGACAGUGAGGAUCAUGGGCCUGAGGAGUGCCAUCUAUUGGCUGAGCUGGGCAGUGUCCAGUGUGCUUCUGCUGGCUGUCAGCGCCAUCCUCCUCGCCCUUAUACUAAAGUACGGGAAAGUGCUGCAGUACAGCGACCCCUCGGUAAUCUUCGUCUUCCUGCUGGUGUUCUGUUUGGCCACCAUCACUCAGUGCUUCUUCAUUAGCGUCUUCUUCUCUAAGGCCAACUUAGCGGCGGCGUGCGGCGGCCUCAUCUACUUUGUCCUCUAUCUGCCGCACAUCCUCUGCUACGCCUGGAGGGACGUCAUGGGUUUCCGGGCCAAGGUUGCUGUGAGUUUAUUGUCAUGUGUGGCCUUCGGCUACGGCUGUGAGAGCUUCUCAAAGUACGAGGAGCAAGGCAUCGGUAUUCAGUGGCACAACAUCAACAAGAGUCCAGAGGAGGGCGAACGCUACACGUUCUUACUGUCCAUCAUCAUGAUGCUCUUUGAUUCUGCUGUAUACUGGAUCCUCACCUGGUACAUUGAGAAUGUUUUCCCAGGCCAAUAUGGAAUCCCUAAGCCAUGGUACUUCCCUUUCACUGCAUCUUACUGGUGUGGCAGAGCCUCAGUGACUCAUGUUGACCCCGGGUUUUUGAAAGACUACAACGUACAUCAUGAAUAUCUGGAGAAAACGCCGUCCAACAUGAAGGCAGGGGUCUCAGUCCGCAAUCUUGUCAAAAUCUACAAAACAGGAAAGAAGCUGGCCGUAGACGGACUAACUGUGGACUUCUAUGAGAAUCAGAUCACAUCUUUCCUCGGCCACAACGGAGCUGGAAAAACAACCACAAUGUCAAUUCUGACAGGACUGUUCCCGCCCACAUCAGGCACAGCUCUCAUCAAUGGAUAUGACAUCCUCACUGACAUGGACAGAAUCAGGAAGUAUUUGGGAAUGUGCCCACAGCACAACGUCUUAUUCAAUGAGCUGACAGUGGAGGAGCACAUCUACUUCUACGCUCGGCUGAAAGGACACAGCCGUGAUGAGGUGAAAAUUGAGAUGGACCAGAUGAUUAAGGACGUUGGUUUACCACAUAAGAGGAAGGAGCUCGCUAAGAACCUGUCAGGUGGCAUGCAGAGGAAACUCUCCGUGGCUAUAGCGUUUGUUGGAGGCUCAAAAAUCGUCAUCUUAGAUGAACCGACAGCAGGAGUGGACCCCUACGCCCGCAGGGGUAUCUGGGAACUACUGUUAAAAUACAAGCAAGGUCGCACCAUCAUUCUGUCCACGCACCACAUGGAUGAGGCAGACAUUUUAGGUGACCGCAUCGCCAUCAUCUCCCACGGCAAGAUGCGUUGCUGCGGCUCCUCGCUCUUCUUAAAGAAAUGUUUUGGCAGCGGCUAUUACCUCACCCUGGUCCGAGACGGGACUGACAAGAUGGCAGCUCAGCGUAAUGGUAUCAUCCACAGUCAGACUGCAGAGGAGAAAGACUAUCCUUCGAGGAGCAGCCUCGAUGAUGGCAUCGGGAGCCAAAGCUGGAGCAGCUCCGAUCCCUCAGAUUUGACAGCUGUGGGUCAACUCGUGCGGCGCCACGUCCCUGAGGCGGUCUUCUUGGAGAGCAUCGGUCAAGAGAUCACCUACAUACUGCCCUAUAGUGGAGCCAGAGAUGGGACCUUUGCUCUGCUCUUCAAAGAGCUCGACCUGGCCAUGGCUGACCUCGGCCUGACUAGCUAUGGUAUCUCUGAUACCACACUGGAGGAGAUAUUUCUUAAAGUGGCAGAAGACACUGGAGUGGACGCAGACAUACAAACAACAGAGGAGCCGGUUGUGAGAGACAGAGAGAGAAGCUCCCGCAAAUCCAAGCGUAACAGCAUCGCCAGCAUCCACACAACAUCCGCACAACCAAAACAAGUCUCUGGAAUGAGUGAGUUGAAGGAACGAUUUACAAGUAAAAUUGAAGACUUAAAGAGGAACACCCCUGUCAGUGGGAGGGGAUCCACCGUCAUCACCGGGUGGGAGCUGAUCAGGAGGCAGUUCCUGGCGCUCUUUAUCAAGCGCUUCCACCACGCCCGCAGGAGCCGCAAGGGAGUCAUUGCCCAGGUGGUCCUGCCUUCUUUCUUCGUGUGCAUGUCUCUGAUCUUCUCACUCAUCCUCCCGCCAUUCGCUGAAUAUCCCAGUCUGGAGCUGCAGCCCUGGAUGUAUGACCUACCUCAAACCACAUUCUACAGCAAUGACGGGCCAAACAAUGUGGAGGUGUCUCAGGUGGUGGAAACGCUGGUUAACAACCCUGGAUUUGGGACUCGCUGCAUGAAUGGAAACCCGAUACCGAUGUUACCAUGUUCCUCUCGUGGGUCUGACUGGUUCACGCCACCCGCAGAUCAGUCGGUCAGCGACAUCUUCCUCAACGGGAACUGGAGCAUGUCUAACCCCUCCCCUUCCUGUCAGUGCAGCACACCUAAACGGACCAUCAUGUUACCCGACUGUCCCCCUGGAGCAGGAGGGCUGCCUCCACCUCAGAGGAUCCAGAACACGACCGACACAUUGGAGGAUUUAACUGGACGCAACAUGACAGACUUCUUAGUCAAGACUUUUGAACACUCGGGUAAAACGAGGUACGGGGGUGUAUCUGUUGGAGGAGUCAACUCACAAGUCCGUCUGACUGAGGACGCUAUCGAGGUUGCAUUCAGGGAUCUAAGAGACCUUUUCAGUUCAUUUCAGGAUAACGUCACUGAUGAGCUCUUACAGAAGUCUGAGAUGCUGCUGAAGAAGCUGGGAACCAAGGACAACGUUAAGGUGUGGUUCUACAACCAGGCAUGGCACGGCAUGGUGUCUUUCCUCGGUGUGGCCAACAAUGCUAUCCUGAGGGGAAAUCUGCCAGCGGGAGAGGAUCCCCACCAGUACGGCAUCUCUGUGUCCAAUCACCCCCUCAACCUCACCAAGGAGCAGCUCUCCUUUGUGGCCUUGGCCACAACCUCCACCGACGUGGUGGUGUCCAUCUGCGUUAUCUUCGCCAUGUCCUUCAUCCCUGCCAGCUUUGUCCUCUUCCUCAUCCAAGAGCGGGUGAACAAAGCCAAGCAUCUGCAAUUUGUCAGCGGAGUAAACCCGGCUGUGUACUGGUUGGCCAAUUUUGCCUGGGACAUGUGUAACUACAUCAUCCCGUGUUUGAUUGUGAUUGUGAUCUUCCUCGCCUUCCAACAAAAAGCCUACGUCUCGCCUCCUAACCUGCCUGCGCUGAUUCUUCUGCUCGUUUUCUAUGGGUGGUCCAUCACCCCCAUGAUGUACCCCGCCUCCUUCAUCUUCAGCGUUCCCAGCACGGCCUACGUGGUGCUGACCUGCGUCAACCUCUUCAUUGGUAUCAACGGCAGCGUGGCCACCUUCUUUAUGGAGCUCUAUGAUGAUGAUAACGUCUCCCGCAUCAAUGACAUAGUGAAGCAGGUGCUGCUGAUAUUCCCUCAUUUCUGUCUGGGCAGAGGGCUGAUCGACAUGGCCAAGAACCAGGCAAUGGCCACGCUCUUCAGCAGCUUUGGCGAGGACCGUUUCGAAAAUCCGCUCAGCUGGGAAAUGGUGGGAAAGAAUCUUUGCGCCAUGUCCAUCCAGGGAUUUGUCAUGUUUGCCAUCACAAUCCUCAUCCAGUAUAAGUUCUUCUGCAAACCAAGGCUUAUUUCUGGGAAGUCAUUAUCUGCAGAGGAGGAGGAUAUCGAUGUUGCACGGGAGCGUGAGCGAGUUUAUGAAGGCAAAGCCCAGAAUGACCUUCUGAGGAUCUGUGACCUCACUAAGGUAUACUCUCGGAAGAGCACCCCCGCUGUGGACAGACUAUGUGUGAGUGUACCUGCUGCAGAGUGUUUCGGCUUGCUGGGAAUCAAUGGGGCUGGGAAAACCACCACGUUCAAGAUGCUGACAGGAGAUAUCCCAGUCUCUGGUGGGGAGGCCUUCCUAAACGGAUACAGCAUACGGACAGAGAUGAGCGAGGUGCACCAGAACAUGGGCUAUUGUCCGCAGUUUGACGCCAUUGAUGACCUGCUCACUGGACGAGAACAUCUGGAGUUUUACGGCAGGUUGCGAGGAGUGCCAGAGCACGAGGUCACCAUGGUGGCAGAGUGGGGGAUCCAGAAGUUGGGGCUCGUCAAGUAUUCCAACAAAUCAGCGGGAACUUACAGCGGCGGGAACAAGCGCAAACUUUCCACCGCCAUAGCUCUGAUCGGUUGUCCUCCAGUCAUCUUUCUGGAUGAGCCGACUACUGGGAUGGAUCCUAAGGCCCGCCGUUUCUUAUGGGACUGCAUCCUGAGUGUCAUCAGAGAGGGACGCUCAGUCAUUCUCACUUCACACAGUAUGGAGGAGUGUGAGGCGCUGUGCACACGCAUGGCCAUCAUGGUUAAUGGCAGCUUCAAGUGUCUCGGGAGCAUCCAGCAUCUGAAGAGCAGAUUUGGAGAUGGCUACACGGUGAUCGUGAGGGUCGGGGGCUCCCCUCCUGUCUUGAAGCCCGUCGAGGACUUUGUGCAGCAGACCUUCCCGGGCAGCGUCCUGAAGGAGAAGCAUCACAACACGCUGCAGUAUCAGCUGCCGUACACACAGGGUGCACUGGCCACCAUCUUCAGCCUGUUCACCAGCCACCAGCAGGGGCUCGGUGUGGAGGACUACUCUGUGUCACAGACCACUCUAGAUCAGGUGUUUGUGAAUUUUGCGAGGCACCAGCACAUAGAGGAGGAGGCCCAGGGCUACGACAACCCGGUGGACACCUCAGAUGAGCAGCCAUCUCUGAAGAACUCCCAAGAAGCAGAGAAGGUGUAACGCCCAUAAGGAACACAAGGCUCCUACAGUGGGCCGGCGAUAUACACUAAUCAAAAUUAGAUGGUUGUGAUGUUCCCACCGUGAGUGAUGUACGGUAUUCCACCCAAAUUACUGCAAUUUGCAUAUAGGCAGACCUUUCGGAAACAUUUUCUGAACCCACCACAUCAAUUCCUAACACUGAUCAAUUAAGAAAGGCAAAUUCCUCUGCUGACAAUGGCAAAGGAGCCAAAGGCUUUCAAACCCUGCAUAUACCCGCUAAUGUUGAUGUUAGUGUUAAAGUAUUUGUGGGGGUAUGUUAACCUACAUUUAACCAAAUAAUCAUCUUUAUAGCAACAAAUCAACUACAAAUGUCGUAAAUAGUAAUGACACUGGUUCCUUGUAAUGUCUCCACCAUGUGUGGACUCUAUGUAAUGAAUAGAUGUGUCAGAAAAUGCAUACGUUUCAUUUGGUUGAACGUAUACUGCUGAUGUUGAUAUCUUACCUCAAGAGAGUAAGAGCCAAACUAUCCCUCAGAGCAUCAUGCAUUGCACAACAACCAGGAUACCUCAGCACUGACUUUCAAAUUGAAUUGCAACCUUUUUACCGUUUUUAAAUGUUGCUUGUUGUUUACAUUAACUUUGGAUUUUAAUGACAUGUUGAACUGUAAAAUUAUUGAAAAGGAAAAUCCCUACGACUUAUUAUUGAUGACAAUGAAUUUGUCAGGUCAGAUAUUUGAUGCACUCCAAGAACUUUUAAAAUUAAUGACACCAAAUUAACUCAACAAAUGACUAAAGAGGAAUCUUUUGUCAACACUGAUUCCAAAAGACAUUAAACCACAGUGAGUUUCAGCCCAGUUGCCACCGAGCAGAAACGAUUACUAACAACUCUCUCAAACGUGUUGGCUUUGAAUUUCUCAAUAAGCGUCCAAUCAGCUGUAAAUUGCGUUCAAUGAAAGACGCUGAGGUCACAGCACUGAGGUGAUGCACAGUCAGUCAGAGACAAAUUGCUGUCAAACAUAUUUGAUCUGCAAGAAAAGCAACAAGCAGACAACUUCUCUUCAGAGCCUUUCUGAUGCUGCAUUAAAUUCAGUGAUCGGUGAUUAACUUUAGCACUAAGGAUUUUUUGUCAUAAGGCAUUCUGGGUAUUGGCACUGGUGUAUUGAUCCAUGACCACCAGAGAUCAGUGGCAGAACUCUGCUGAUGAAGUGAAUCUGUUUUGCCACAGUGAGCCUUCCAAACACCCAGUGGUAAUCCUGAAAACUUGAUUGAAAAUGGGUGAUGACUCUGCAUAGCAAUGUGCCUCAUCUGCAAAGUUAAAAUGUCUUGGCUCCAGUGCGUUUUGCGAGUAUAUGGACCAUUUUUAUGGCAAUGACCCUUUACAAAGUCCUGCCUCCUUAGUGACUAUAACUCCUGCUGUCAAACCUCCUCUCUGCAGACUGGUGACAACGAAAACAGAGUUACCUUCUCAAACGGUCAUUUCUGGAAUGAUGGAUCUUUGUGGUAAACUAAAGAAGACAUUCAUUUUGCAUAUAUAACAACCAGUGUGGGCUAGUUUCAAUUGAUAUCAGCUGUGUAUUUGUGCCCCAAGUUAACCUUGAAAUAAAAUCCCUGCACAAGGGUCUUAAAUGUAAAUGGCAGAUGUCCCAGGAAAGAAUUCAGCAUCCUCACAGUUGAUGAUCUACUUUUCAACAUUUGAUCAGCCAAAUAAAGGGGCAGCAUCAUUCUUGUGUUGCAGCUUGCUAGUUAGCUUCCAGUUAAUGCUAUGGCCUAAGAAGAAACUCUGGAGGAACACUGUAGUUCAUAUAUUGGCUUGUGAGCUGGAUAUGUUGACGUGCCUACUGUAUCCAGUCACUGCUGCUAAGCUGUGAUUGGAUAAUUAUUGCUCAGGGGAGGAGCUUAGUGAAAGCUCAGUUAUGACUACCAAACAGCCGUUUACAAC